UCUCGAAUCUGACCAGGUUGUCAAUAGUCUAUCUUCCACGCGAUUAACGGUUAAAGCUACACUUUUCCGACUCUUGCCAUCCGAAAACACUUGUUAGACACCACUACUAUCCAUUUACAAUGUCGGAACAAGCAGUGCCAGUGAGUCCGCAGAUUGUCAACGUGGCCAACUUCUUGAGAGACCACAAGUUGUUGAAGAAGAGAUCCGGAUUAUUGAACGGGGCCAUCCAGAUUGACUUUUUCAGAUUAAAGCGGUUGGUGAGAGCGCUCUCAUCGCCGCAGUUCACCCAGCAGAAGGAUGUGCCGAUCAUUGAGAAGCCUCAGGAUGUUACUCAGAUCAUCGUUCAAUUGAUCGAAAGCAAGAUGAUCGUACCGGUGGACAAGUUAUCGACUAACGACACGCGUACCAAGGGCAUCAAGCCGGUGAAGGGAUCGCCAGCACUCUUUCCAGCGCAGAAAGCCGACUUGAACAACCCGGAGUCGUACUUCAUCUGGGUCUACAACAAGCCGAACCCGAUGUUAAUUGUGUACUCCAUUAUCGCGAUUGCUGCGGUUUUCACCAUCUUGUUGUUCCCAUUAUGGCCGAGGUUCAUGCGUAAAGGUGUCUGGUACCUUUCCAUGAUUGCCAUGGGGUUGAUUGCGUUGUUGUUUGUGGUAGCCAUCAUCCGGUUGGUUAUGUAUCUCAUUUCUUUGGCCGUGUGUCCAAAGGGCUUCUGGUUGUUCCCUAACUUGUUCGAAGACGUUGGUUUCUUCGACAGCUUCAAGCCUUUGUACGGCUGGGAAGAGAAAGUGGAGAAGAAGGGCAAAAAGAGCAAGAAGGGCAAGGCCGAGCCGGCUCCAAGCGCCACCAACUCCGGUGUCGAGGUCCACGCCACCUCUGUCACCAAAAAGACCCACACGCCAGUCUUGGAAGAGGUGGACGAGUAAACAGUCUGAUAUACUCUAAAUAUUACAAGCAAAUCUAUAUGAGAGGAUGUAAACGACCGGGAAACCUGUCGGAGUUAAUUGACGGCUAGAGAGACGUUUGCCCAGGUAUACUCAUGAAGGUUUCGCGCUGGAUCAGAUAAGAUGCCGGUUUCAGUCUUACGCAAACAGUACUAUAUUUAUAUGCCAAAAACUAGUUUAUUC